UAAACGGAUCUAAAACAAUUGGAUCCGAUAAGGAGGGCAUAAAAGGGAAGACGUCUGUCUCCUCUUGGAGAUCCAUCUCUAGGUUCAGUGACGCGGCGAUGCACAGGUCCGGGAGCUCAACGCGCGUCUCCGACGAGUACUACGUCGGAGUGGCCCGAGAAGCCAAGGCCUCGUCUCCGCCCUCGGCCUCCAGAUCGACGCCGGCCCUCCGGUUGCCGCCGGACCUCCCCACCUAUGAUCCUCUGUCUGGCGCUGGCAAGAAGGAGGCCCUUCGAACAAGGUUCGCUGAAUCCAUGGUUCAUCUGAUUCCCCUUGUCCUCAUCCUUUGCGCUGUUGUUCUAUGGUUCUUCUCCCAUCCUGAAAUUGGCAUCAGUAGCAGCAAAGAUGGUUCCAUCAUCACUAGAAUUGAGAACACAACAAUUGAUGGCUAUAACAGCUUGAAAGGAGGUGCCUCAGCGGCAGGAGCAUAGUAUUU